GCCAAGGUGUGGUGCCUGAAACACAUCUCGUCUUCCCUUGAUCAUUAGUCAUAGCAGUUAGCCAUGGCACUGAGAAGGAUCUCCCUCCUCGUUAUCUUUGCCGCGUUCUUGCUCUUUUCCCAAGUGCUUGCUCGUGAGUUGGAAGAGAAACCUGUUGCUGACAAGAGGGAUGCUCUCUCCCAGACGCAGAUGGAUGAGUUCAACGAUGAAAAGUACGGAGGAUAUGGAGGAGGUGGAUAUGGACGCGGUGGAUAUGGAUAUGGACGCGGUGGAUACGGUGGAUAUGGACACGGUGGCGGAUAUGGAUAUGGACAUGGGCGCGGUUGCUAUUACCGGUGCGGGUACAGGUGCUGCUCGGCUGAGGAGUACGCAGAGUUUGUGCAGGGUGGCAACUAGAGAGGGCCUUCUUUCCUUUAAGCCCUUUUCUGUGUCUGUGAUGAACUGCGUGUCAACUGUGUCGUUGUGCUUCUAAAUAAAUGCACUUAUUGAGGUGCGGCCUUAGUGAUUCAUGCCCUGCAGGCCAAUGUUCUUCUUAUUAUAGUGCAUGUACCCCUCUGUUAUUCAAAGUAUAUUUGCUUUGGAAUA